CCUCAUCAGCUUCCUUUUCUGCAUCGAAUGCACCACGGAGAGCUAGCAGUAACAACAUGAACAUCACACAGGAGGCUAUAGAUGAUGAAAUCCAGAGUAUGAGAGAGGAACACAGUCGAUCCUCAGGCAGUCCUGAUCUGAUGGAAACCAGCUCUCGAUAUGACUCCCAGUAUGCAUCACUGCAGUCCUCCUUCAGUAGCUAUGCUGCCUAUGCCAGGGACCACCUGGCACGCAGUGAGCGGAGGAUCCAGACAAUCAUCCACCAGGUCCCGGUCUGUCCACCAUCACCUCGUAUCUCACCCUGGGACAAUCAGGGUAGCCGGCGCGAGUCUCUCUCCCCCGGCCCGUCCGUAGUCAGUGACCUUCAUGCCUCGACGGAGUCCCUGGCAGAGUCUUCCUCCACCAGCUACAUGUCCUUCACUUCCAACAUCUCCACCAGCGAUGAGAACAGGUACUCUCGGAGCCGACCAAUCAGUUCCAGAGAUGUCAAAGCCAGGAUUUCAAGGCGGGUCAGGAGAUGAAAAGACUGAUUCAAAUGUCAACCAAAUGAAUGUCAAAGUUGGAUACUGUUUUUUUAAACAAAUUUAUUUGUUCAAUCAUAGCUUACCUGUGAUAAACACUUCCCACUUGUGCCAAAUGAACUAAUGAUAUUUGUUGUGUAAUUUGAUGAGUGCAAAUACCACAGUAUGCCAGGGCCUGUAUCUGGAUACCUCAACACGACAUCGCCUAUUUAUUCUACCUUUCUGGCCUCUAGCGUCCGACAGUAUUUGCCGUAUCUUUGGAUGUGGUGCAAGUUCUAAGUCACCUCACCGAUGACAGCAGUCAUAACAAAGAACACUCUGUGUGAAAUGAACAUGUCUGCCAAAGAUAGGAGUAGUCUCCAGGAAAACGCUAUGUGUUGGUUUAACUGGAGAUGUUUGAUAUUGAAUCACGAUUCCCUCCAUAGAGAUAGCUGUGCAGAAUGGCACAUAGAGUCUUAGCUAUUUACAAAGGUCAUUCUUAGUAUUAUUUAUAAGGUUUAUAUGAUUUUUUUGUUGAUAAAUACUUAUAACCAAAGCGAAUUGUGAUAUGUGUGAAUGAGGAAAACGUCUCAUGUUAUAUUACAAUCAUACUGAUAUAUGUACAUCAUGUGUCUCGUAAUCCCCCACAUCAGAAUUAGAUCAUAUAGUCAUGAAAUGCAUGUAGUAUUGUUAUAUAUAUUUAGAAAACAGUUGUGUAGAGGAACGUGUUAGAAUCUUACAGACGAAGUCAAACCCUGUACCUGUGCCUUGAGACAAAAGUUUCUACUGGCUAUAUGUAUUCAAGCCUUUGUUAUUGGGGUUUCGACACGAUUGAACAAUCCCUGAAUUGCAGGAUGAAUUGACAUUUUAUAGCUUUUUUAUCGUAGAACAGAAUUUCUACUCUUGUUUAUUAUUGUUGCAUGUUGUAUUUGUUGGUCAUACAGUGUCAUGUUUUUGUUGUAGUUUUUGCUGGUUACAUGAGACUAGGCAGUAUUACAAGUAGAUUCGAAUUCAUUAUCCUGUUCCGUGUUUGUCGUAACGUGUAUGACUCAUUUUGUAUGAUAUCAUAUAAUUUAUUGUGAGUGACAAAAAUUCUAGUUAUCAGUUUAUGAUACUAUGGCUAUGUAAAGUUUUCAGCUCUCAUUCUGGAUAUCAUGAAAUUUGCCUAUUAAUUAGAGAAUGGUUGAAUCGCACACAAUUUGUUUAACGGAUGUCUUCACACACAGCACAUUUCCAUGAUAUUAUGUCAAAAAGCACUGAUUUUGUUGUUGUAAUUAUUACUUUUUUAUGUUCAUGCCAUCACUUCAUUUUCAAAACAUUGUAAUUAAUUCUUAUUUUGUAAAUACGUGUUUCCUCAUAAACUAUAUUUUCAUAAA